GUUACUUAGUACUUGUGUUCAGCUUUGGAACAAUGGCAGCACUUUGGGGCUUUUUAGGAUUUUUUGUACUUUGUGCCACUGGUAGCUUGUCUGCUGCGCUUUCUUUGGCACAAAAUCAAGUAGCCUUUCAAUGGCCUGGGCAACAAUCUCAACCUCUGAGUUCUCUGGUGAAGCAGCCACCAUCUCGGGCUAACCAGCCACCAGUGAACCAGCCACCAUCUUGGGCAAACCAGCCACCAUCUAGGGCGAACCAGCCACCAGUGAACCAGCCACCAUCUAGGGCGAACCAGCCACCAGUGAACCAGCCACCAUCUAGGGCGAACCAGCCACAAGUGAACCAGCCACCAUCUUGGGGGAUCCAGCCACAAGUGAACCAGCCACCAUCUCGGGGGAUCCAGCCACCAUCUCGGGGGAUCCAGCCACCAGUGAACCAGCCACCAUCUCGGGGGAUCCAGCCACCAGUGAACCAGCCACCAUCUUGGGCAAACCAGCCACCAUCUUGGGCAAACCAGCCACCAUCUAGGGCGAACCAGCCACCAGUGAACCAGCCACCAUCUAGGGCGAACCAGCCACAAGUGAACCAGCCACCAUCUCGGGGGAUCCAGCCACCAGUGAACCAGCCACCAUCUCGGGGGAUCCAGCCACCAGUGAACCAGCCACCAUCUCGGGGGAUCCAGCCACCAGUGAACCAGCCACCAUCUUGGGCAAACCAGCCACCAUCUCGGGUGAACCAGCCACCAGUGAACCAGCCACCAUCUCCAGUGAAGCAGCCACCAUCUCAGGCAGAGGCAAUUCAGACAUGUGUGGUAGAGGAUUAUGAAAAGGUGCAGUGUGGUGAGCCUAGCAUUACUCCUGCAAAUUGCCAAGCUAUAAACUGCUGUUUUGAUGGACACCAGUGCUAUUAUGGCAAAACUGUGACUGUUCAAUGCACACGAGAUGGGCAAUUUGUGAUCGUGGUAGCCAGAGACAUUACUCUCCCUAGUUUGAGCCUGGAUUCUAUCAGCCUUUUGGGAGGAAGAGACCCACCCUGUGGGCCUGUUGGUACCACUGCAUCUUUUGCCAUUUACCAGUUCCCUGUCACUGCCUGUGGCACCACAACGAUGAUGGAUGGUGACUAUCUUGUCUAUGAGAACAAAAUGACUUCUUCCUAUGAAGUAGGGAUUGGACCACUUGGCUCGAUCACAAGAGACAGCAGUUAUGCGCUCCUCUUUCAGUGUCGUUAUUCUGGCACUGGUGUCGAGGCGCUGGUUGUUGUUGUCAACACUGUCCCUCCACCACCUCCUGUGUCUGCUCCUGGUCCUCUGAGUGCACAGCUUCGACUGGCUAACGGACAAUGUUCCGCUAAGGGAUGUGUACAAGACGAUCAGGCAUAUUCUUCAUUCUAUUCAAAUGAUGAGUACCCUGUGACAAAAGUCCUGAGAGAGCCGGUCUACGUUGAAGUGCGUAUUUUGGGGCGGACUGACCCUAACAUUGUUUUAAAACUGGAACAGUGUUGGGCAACCUCUAACCCUGAUCCUCUCAGCAUGCCACAGUGGCAUCUUCUUGUGAAUGGAUGUCCUUACCAGGAUGACCGCUACCUGACCAACACGAUUCCAGUGGAUGGAUCUUCAGGGCUCCAAUUUCCAACCCAUCACAAGCGGUUUACCUUGAAGAUGUUUACAUUUGUGGACUCCACAUCAAUGGCACCACUGUUUCAAUCAGUCUUCGUUCACUGCAGUACAUCAGUUUGCACCCCAACUGUAGCAGACUCCUGUGUCCAGAGCUGCAACAGGAGGAGGAGAGAUGCUGGGACUUCAGAAGAUGCUCCUCGUGCAGUUGUGUCGAGUGAAGAAAUCCGCUUCAGAAUUUGAGCGUCUUGAGUUUUUCCUGCAAUAAACAUAUUUUCUAAAUCUA